UAUGAAUGAAUAUAACUCGACGGAUGCAAGCGUCAUUUAAAUAUUCUAAUUCAUACUUUUCAAGAAAACAUAGAUUUAGUUCUAGCAAUAGGCUAUCUCAACUUGCAAGGUGUGUCGCAAUACGACGAGUUAAAAUGAAAGUAGAACUGUUUCUCGAUCCCGAAGAUAUGCCCAUGCGCGAGUUUUAUUUUCAAUUUGUCAGACGACGUUUGGUUACUGUUGUGCAAUAUAUUUAUCCAUUCAAAUCACAUUUUACCAACAUGGCACAGCAUCAGUUUAUAGAUAUAGAUGGAAGUGUAUUAGAGGGGGGAGGACAAAUUCUAAGGAAUGCUGCCACGUUGAGUUGUUUAUUAAACCAGCCAAUACGUGUCCAGAAAAUAAGAGCUGGCAGGGAAAAACCUGGCCUCAGAGCCCAACAUCUCACAGGAUUACAGCUUGUUGCAGAAAUUUGUGGAGGGAAGCUGGAGAAUGCUGCUGUAGGGUCAACAGAGGUGACCUUGACCCCAGGCAAGGUCAGGGCAGGAUCAUAUAAAGCUGACACUGGUACUGCUGGGAGUAUUUGUUUGCUGAUGCAGGCCGCUGUGCCAUGCUGUUUGUUCAGUGAUGGAGAUGUACACAUGACAUUGAUAGGGGGAACCAAUGCUGAAAUGGCUCCUCAAAUUGACUUUGCCAUGAUGGUAUUUCGUCCAGUUGCUGCACAAUUUGGACUUCAUUUUGAUUGUCAUAUUAAAAAAAGAGGAUUCUUUCCUAAAGGAGGAGGAGAAGUUAACAUAAAGGUGACCCCCAGUGCUGGCCUCAGGGGGGUCACACUGAUGGACCAAGGGACAGUCACGAGAGUGUAUGGAAUAUCAUUUGUAGCUGGGGUCAUACCAAAAAAGGUAGCUCAUAUCAUGUCAGAGUGUGCCAGAGAAAUCAUAACAGAGGACUACAGAGGAAUCCCCAUCAAUGUAGACAUUGUCAAGGAAACUCAGGGAAUAGGAAGUGGGUGUGGGAUUCUAGUAAUAGCAGAGACAAGCACUGGCUGUUUGCUGGCGGGAUCAGCACUAGGAAAGAAAGGUAAACCCGCAGAGAAAGUGGGACAGGAGGCAGGAGAGAUGUUGGUCAAUAACCUGUUCAAUGGCGGCUGUGUGGACGAGUUCCUGCAAGAUCAGUUGAUUGUCCUAAUGGCCCUUGCUGAAGGGAAAUCAGAAAUCCUUUGUGGACCCAUGUCUCUCCACACUGAAACUGCAAUCCAUGUGGCUUCCUUGAUGACCAAGGCAAAAUUUGAAGUUCAAGAGUUGACAAAAAAUUCCACCAUCAUAAAGUGUGAAGGAAUUGGUUUAAAAGCUGUUAACAAUAGCUGAGACCUUUGGACUGCUAGAUAGGCUUGCUGACUUAAUUUUAUUUGAAUGAAUGCAGAGUUCUCCUAAUAAUGAAAUAUGGCAUCCAUCAAUGAUGAUGGUUUAUUGAUAUAGAACAUUAUAGUCACAUAUCAUUGAUAUGAGUGAUCUAUUUAUUGAAUGAAAAAUUACACUGCUUAGUUGGCAAGUACUGACGUACUUGUAGCUGCAUCUAUGUCACAUGAUACCCCAUGAAUCAUCAUCAGCUGUGUAUGGUUAUCACAUGACUGCACUUACAGCUCUAGAUCCUUUUAAAGAUAAAUGCACUUGUAGAACAAUCCCGACUUCUUAAACAUUUACGUAAGUGGCCAGCAAUAGAGAAUUAUCGUCUUAAAGAAGAUCAUAAUCUAGAACGAUAAAAAAAAACUGUGGCAAUUAAUAAUAACAAAUAAUAACGAUAUUAUACAUGAUCUGAUAUUGCCAAAAAUGCUGGAGUUCUUUUUUUUUUUGGGGGG